GUCGCCUCUCCGUUCUACCCAUCUUCCUCUACCUACCAUGGCGCUCUCUCCCUCUUUCUCCCGAGACUCGAGCUUGUGGGCGACGCCCAACUUCACCUUCAAGAUCAUCUUGCCCGGAGAUGAGAUGUUGCGAACGCUAGAUGAGCCCCGCCGCACGUUCGUGAGAGAAUCGCAUGCCAUGGCCAACACCGCGGUGGACGUGAAGGAGACGCCGACGGCAUACCAGUUCGUGGCGGACUUGCCGGGACUCAGUCGCGAGGAGGUGAAGGUGCAGCUGGAGAACGGCAACACGCUGGUCAUCAGCGGCGAGCGCCAUCGUGAGACGAAGACGGGAGAGGCUUCUGGCGACAAGUACCACCGCAUCGAACGCAGCACGGGCAAGUUCAUGCGCCGGUUCACACUGCCUGACAACGCGGAACUCGACAAAAUUGGCGCGCAGUGCAAAGAUGGCGUACUCACCGUGACGGUGCCCAAGAUGCCGCCGAAGGAACCAGAGAAGCCCAAAGUCGUCGACGUCCAGAUCAGCUAGACGAUGGAUGUCUGCUGUGGCGGAGAGAGAGAGAGAGAGAGAGAGAGAGAGAGAGAGAGAGAGAGAGAGAGAACAGCAAGACGUCC